GUGCAGCGGAGGAGCCAAAGGAGGAGAGCCUCAUGUGAGGAGGAGACCGAGUAGACCCCGCACACGACACGCACGUCCCACGGCACAACCUCAACGCAGCUUUUCUGAUUGCAGGAGAGGGAGGAACUUUGAUCCGAGGCCAAGUGUGCUUGCGCGUGUUUUCCACCCAGAAUGAUGACAUCGAAGGCUCGCGGAGACACAUGAUGUCCCCGUGUCAACAUUUUUGUGCUCUUUUGCUGACAUUCUCUCUCGUCUAAUUCGCCAUUCGCGUGUGAAUGUGACGGCGUCCUCAGCGCAUUGUUUCCACCUCCUUUUGUAUGUGGGAUUUCCAGCCGCGAUGUCUGCAACAUUUCGCUAUUUGUUUCUGGUUCUCCUCAGUCCACUGUCAGGAGGCGCCCAGACCGAGAUGAAGAAGGUAGUCGGGGACAACGCCACCUUACCUUGCCACCACCAGUUCCAAUCUUCUGGCUCAAUUGACAUUGAGUGGCUCCUGCAAAAACCAAACUCCAAACAGAAAGUGAUCAUUACGUUCUUCGGCGGCCACGUGUACACCAACGAGGCGACAGGCCCAGAUGCCAGCCGCCUGUCCUUUGCUGGGGAGUACCUGGGGGGUGACGCCUCCCUGCUGAUCAGUGACCUGCUACUGACUGACUCCGGGGAGUACUACUGCAAGGUCAAGACUGGAGGGAAGUACCACUGGAGCCAAGUCAACCUCAUUGUGCUGGUGAAACCCUCAAAACCCAGAUGUUGGAUGGAUGGCGAUCUCUUGGAAGGUAGUGACGUCAAACUGAGCUGCAAGUCCAGCGACGGUUCUGACCCCAUCAACUACAAGUGGGAGCGAGUGCUAGACAAAGGCAAGAGCCUGGGCAAACUGCCAAACCUGGCACUGAUAGAUUUGAAGAACCCUGAACUGGUGACCCUAAGGAACCUCACCAUGGAUAGCACAGGUGUCUACAGGUGUACAGCCAGCAAUGACGUUGGCGAGGAGAAUUGCACCGUUGAGGUCACAAUGCAGCAUGUGAGGGAUAUGGGCAUGGUGGCUGGCGCAGUGGUGGGAAUUUCCCUGGGUGUGCUCAUCGUUAUAUUAAUUAUCUGGCUUGUCUUCCGAACGAAAGAGAAAAAGAAGUAUGAGGAAGAGGAGACCCCAAAUGAGAUAAGAGAGGAUGCAGAGGCUCCCAAAGCAAAACUGGUGAAGCCCAACUCCCUGUCUUCAUCCCGCUCCGGCAGCUCACGUUCAGGUGCCUCCUCUACCCAGUCAAUGGUGCACAACAGCGCCCAGCGCGGCCACCGCCCCCGCCCACCUGCAGUUGCAGCGCUGAAGGAAAACGGACAACCUCCGGGCUUUCCCCAGUCCCCUCCGGCCUACACCACAGUGGUGCCGUCCAAGACCCCCGCGCCCCCUACUCCUCCCAAAUUCAACACCAGGAAUACGUCUGGUCCGACACCACCGACCCUCAUGGUCCCCGCCCAGACCAAGGCCUUUCAGACUGUGUAGGACUGAAAGUUAACUACUUCCCCCAGCCAUGCCAGACUCCCCAUCCUUAACCCUCAACCUUGCACCCCCUUCCCAAAGGCUAAGACUCUUCUAUAAACAAAGAAAUGCAACUAGUUAAAAGGAUGUAAUUAAAAAUUCAAUACUAUAAGUCCAAAAGUACUUCUAAUGAAUGCAUACUUAAAGGGAAAAUAUGAAAUGCUUGUCCCCUACUCAAUUACACAAAAGAAAAAAAACAAGAUCAGAGACAAGACACUGUUUGUGUCUUAUGACUCAAGGAAGGAAGGAAGCACUGUGUGUGGCAAACGGAAAGGACCCCCUUGCCGAGUAUUUAUCUAAUCAAAACUUUAGGCAUGUAACAAAGCAAAGGGGUAAAACGCUGAGGAAACUUUCAAAGCUGAGUGAUAGUAAAAGUAGCCCCCUCCUACCAUGAGAUGUUCAAGAUGGAGACUACAGAUAUUUUCUUCUCCAGCAGGAGGAUGAUGUCAUCUUCUAUCUAGCAUCAGAUCCAAAACCACAGACCCCAUUUGCCACCUGUGGGUUGACCCAGUUGUGCCCAUUUGUGCGGACAGGCACAGUAUUUCAGUGUGUCUGUGUGUGCGUGUGUAUUUGUGUGUGCGUCAUCAACCUCUCUCAUGAGAAACUCACGAGGAACUUACUUAGAUUCACUCAGCUGACUGAACAGCCAAUCUGCUUUACCACCAGCAGGGCAAACUUCAGGUAUAAGGAUGUAGCACUCACAGUGGAGUUAUAUCAAUGGGAUCGUCACCUUUUCUCUGGUAUUGGAUACCUUUACGUCUAUUUAAUACAUGUACUAGGCCUAUAAACAGACCAUGUUUUUAUUAGAGGGAAUAAGCUUUGAUUAGCUCAAGUCACAUAUAUAUUUUUCCCAUCAUUUUUUUUAUGUUUCUUUUAUCCGAGCUAGUGAAAGGCUGACAGAUAGCUUGCUCAUGAGAAGUGCCACCAUUCUCAUUUUUUUGGGUGGGAGAGUUUUUUUUCUUUAUUUGUUUAUUUGCUGCAUUUCAGAAGUGAAACCAAAAUGUGUCACCAUGAAUGUGAUUGAUGAUAAGGAUGGAUGGCAUCAUUUUCGCUCCCAGGGGGGUACUGAAAUAAUAGAACGCAACUUUAUUUGGGGGUGUUUGUCCUCUCUUCCCUGGUGUUAUCUUCAUAAUCUUUUUAUACAGUCCUUAAUAGCUGUUGAAUCUCAAAGUCUUUACUUGAGUCUUUACAAGCCCACAACUAUGAACGACAUCCCCUAAUCUAGACCCCCCAAGAGGGCAAAGAAAACUGAAAAACCCAUAUGGGCAGGAAUGAAGAAACCAUGAGAAGAGAUUGCAGAUGCUGAGAAUCCCACUUCCAGGAUGACCAGGCUGCACUGGAUGCAGAGGCACACAGCCUGAAGGUAUCCAAUAUUAGCUACCUGCUUUCACUCUUGUAAUAUGACAUGAAGAAAUUAAUAACUAAUGAUAGUUUUUUAUCAUUGACAAUUGUACUUGCACUGUGCAGUGUAACUUCACAAUUUCACAGUAUUGAUCGGAUCAGAAAUAAUGGACUCAUAGAUGAAAGCAUGAAAACACACCGCCUAAGAAGUUGGAAGAUGCUAUGGGGGUAGAGGAGAGAUGCUAGAGAACCUUCCUAUGGUUGAUGUAAAGACCUACAGGUAAAAGUCAUCAAAUCAAGAAAACAGAUACAGCCUUGAAGAGAGAUUUGUGAGGUUCAGUUUCUUGCGGCCUAUCCUCUCGUCUGCUUCCGGAAGUCUGUCUACUCUACUCCUUGCCUAUCUUAUCAUGUUAUGCCCUGAAUUAGUGAAGAUAACCCAAAGAAGAGACAAUGUCUUAAGACAUCAUAGUGAGAAAGGGUCAAUUAGGCCUGAGGAAUGAAAAGUAUGAUCGCUUCAGUAUGUAUUGAGAGCUAAGAGUAUGUAUAGUCAGGAUUCUGAAACCAUUAUAAUUGAGUGGCUCAAUGGCCGUCUGGCUGAAUCAGCGGGUGCUGGUGUGUUAUUGGUCUGCUUGCGAUCAGCCAUUUGCCCCUUUUGUCACAUAGUCACAGAACCAGUGCGGUUUGAUUGAACGUAGCUUAAAUUAGAGCAAGUCGCUUUUCUAUCAGUGUGCCUUUGCAACCCAUUAUUCCUUUUCAGGCUUUCUUUGUCCUUAUCUUCAGCAAUCAGCACACUGUCUCACCGACUCAGAAGGUCAAUAGCGGCAAAUAUCAAUGCCACUGCAAUAAAUCGCCCCGGAAAAAAUGAAGCAUCCCAACGGGGUGAUUUCAGAAGAGUGCAAAAUAUCAGUUGUUGAGAGAGUAAUCCCAUGCCACGAGCAAUGUACUGUACAUUAUGUAAUCAGUAUUGUUUUGUAUUGUACAUACAGAUAGAUAUAUGCACAUGAUGUCAUUUGAUUUAAUAAAUUAGGGGUACUUGAGGGGAUAUUUGCUCCCUACACACGUAAAAGUCAAAUGGAAAACCCAAAGGUGAAUUCAAAACAUGUUGUUUUGUGUUCUCAAUCAGUGCUAGUACAGAUUUUUCGCUGAACGGCAACCAUUCGCCAAGAGGGUGUUGGCUGCAUUUAGUAUUUACACAGACCUGGAAAUUUUUUUUUUUUUUUUAAAUAUCAUACUCCUAUGCUAAAUAAUUUAUUCAUUGUUCACCAAGUGAUAAUGAAGUCUGUGCACUCUGCACAAUGAAUGCCAUAGCGAGAACAAUCUUAUUUUCCCUUUAAUUCUGUCUAUAAAAACAGCUUUUUAAACUAUAUCCAAGAGAAGACUUGAAGUGAAAGCAGCAAGAGCAUGCACCACAACAACAAAGUCGAGACUGUGGAGUAUAAAGCUGCCCUCUCCAGCGCUAAGACAAAUUCAUAUUAGCAUGUGUGUUUACGAGGUACAGUUGUAGAAAUACAGUGUAGUGAUGUGAGUGUACCUGAUUUAGAUAAUACAACAUUUAUGAGUCAUUCUACUUUCAAGAUUCCACUUAAUGUUAGGAUUUGGUACUAGUGUCUUGUAGAACUGAUGUGAAAAAGGAAUUUAACAUUCAAAUUCAAAGAUCUGAGGUGGGCUGUGCACUUUGACUUCACAUGUGGGACUUUCCAUCUGACUUGCCUGUGCAGGGAGAGGGAUAGAUUCCUUUUAUAUUAAACUACAGCGGUUCAUAUCUGACCAGGGAAGCUAGUGUGUGUGUGUGCGUGUGUGUGCAUGUGAGUGUGUACAGUGGGGGUGCGUGCAUGUUAAUUCAGUAUAAGCCCCCGGGCCACACCCACACUCUACUGUUAGCCAUUCAGCGAAUGAGAGGGGAUCUAGCCAGGCAAAGUAGCCUUUAUUUAACAAUGACAUGAAUGCAGACUGGCAGUAUUUAUUUUCAUUAGGACUCAAAAGUCAAUUGAAGCUGGCCUCACAAGCGGCAGCCAUGUUUUCACUUGUGGGGGAGGAGUGAGUUGAGACAAGCGUGUACAUAAUUCAUAACUGGGCUUCAUGCUUUUACACUUGGCCAUGGGUGCACACGCACACAAGAGUAUUGUGCCCAGGCAAAUACUAUAUGAAGAAGUUUGCAUGUGGACAAAGGUCUUGGGAAGUAGCCUACCUCUUGAUCAAAUCAUCAAAGUCAGGUUGGAUUAGACUUCUCAGAUGCCUGGGAAUCUGACACUCCAUUCCAGACUGCUUAAAAGUAGGAAAUAUCCUAUUUUAAAUUCCUGAAGUCCCAUCUCAAAGUCAAACACAACAUUGGGGUACCACCUCAAGGAUUGAGUUCUUAACCUCACACCAGACAUUUUGGACAAUAUGCACUUUGAGGAAGGUCAAGCAUUGCUAGAUGAUUCUGGUCCGGACAAAGAAACCUAGACAUAAUAUGAAAUUAUGUCUUUACCAGAAGACUGAAUUAUGAAUACUGCAUGGUUUCCUGUAGAUGUGUCCCAAUACCUUUGUCCAUAUAGCUGCAUUUCCACAAGCACACAAAUGCUCACACGUCUGCUCCUUCAGAAUCAGUUUGAUGGAUGAAAUGUUGGGGAGUAUUCGUAUUGAUUAAUAGAGGUACUGAUGCAGAUAAUCAUACCCACAAUAACAACACGCAGGCACUCGCAGAGACAGCUGAUGCAUUUCAGCAAUAGCCUGUUCUCCAAGACGUUGGCUGUCACAAGAGUCAGUCUGAGCACGGUCGAGCUGGGAAUCAGGAGGAGCUACUCCUAACGCGAUUGAUAUCGAGCCAAGGCUCACGACAUUGAAAUUCCCCUCCGCCGUCGAUGAAAGCGACAAUAGCGGCAGCAACGGUGGAGGAGGAAUAAGGGAUGCAAGUCUUCCAGCUUUUAGAACUCCUCCAUGCGCUUUGACUCAGGUGGCAGAUUCCUGACUUCAUCCCCAUGUGCUGUUUGCGCUUUCUUUUAACAGAUUUCCGUUAUCUCAGUAGGGAAAUAAAUCCCACAAACAUACACUCUGUAUCGUCUUUUAGAGCAGUAUUCUAUCGACACUGUAUGUGUAUUGUCUCAUCGACACUCAAGUGUUAGGUUAACCUGUGUUGUGUGCUAGCCACAAUGUUUUUAUGUUUGUUUGAAGGUGUUUUAUUUCUGACUUGAAGGCAGAGCGAAAUGAUGCUCAGACUUUUGGGCCUUGGAAUGUGAUGCGUUUUCCCCAAAAAAUGAUGGAGGGUGCUGAAGUCACCCUGGAAAAGGGAUGUAAAGGGACCUGCAUGUCAUAAGAAUCUGAGCAAAGGAAUGAGAAUGCUUUGCUUUGAUGUAUCAUACCUGCAUUUGGAUAAGGAAUUUAAAAGAAUCUACAACUGUAAAUACAUUCACAGAAAAAUUUAUGAAGCUUUAUUUUUGUCUUUUUUUAUUUUAAUUCAUGUACUUUGCACUUUUAUGUGUGCUAAGCUCAUCAUGGGUCUGUGUGGGAUGUGUGUGGUCGGCUGUUUCUCCACGACAUCUUAGCUGAAGCGUCAGGAGCAGACAAGCUUGGCACAGCGUCACUUAAGGGGACAUGCAAGAAGACACUUGUUUCCUUUGUAGAUCAUCCUUUUUUUUUUCUGCAGUCGUUUGGUUUUGAGUAACCGUGCAGAAUUCUUUGUUUGAUGACAAAACAAUCCAUGUAAAUAUCACAAUUUUAAAAAUGUAUAUUUUUACGACUUAUGAGUUAUUACUCUUUCAUUUGCAAAUAAAAUAUUCAAUGACAACCUA